AUGACCAACAUCGGCAAAGCCUGCGAGGCCUGCCGGGUCCGAAAAACGAGAUGCGACGGCAGCGAACCGUGUGCCCGCUGCCUCAACCGGAACGUGUCCUGCGUCUACCGUACUCGGACCAGGAACCGGCCGCGCAAGUCGCAGGCGUCGGCCACGGCUACGGCCACGGCCACGGUGGCCUCGUCCGCUUCCAGCAACGCGGAUGACACGCCCCGAUCGUCUCACUCGGCCCACGAGUCGCAGACCAGCAAGCCCAAGGACGACAACAGCUGGGGCUUCCAUGUGCACAGCGUAGCGGCCAUCACGACGUCGCCAUCAUCCAUCAUCCAGCUGCACUAUGGGCCGUCGUCCAACUUCUCGAUGCUGCACUCCAUCUACCGGCUCAUCACAGGCAUCCAGACCCCACUAACACGGCGUGAGGAGGUGGCCCAGGUCGGCCCCGGGCUGGAUCUGUUCCAGAACCGGCAGCUCUUCUUUGGCGACUUGGCCGAUAGCAAGUCUACGACAAUAUCAAACGACUAUUCCGGAAUGUUUUUGAAUAGGGAGCUGUGCGAUCGCGUGCUGGAGCGGUAUCUGGCUACCUACUGGCACCUGCUGCCCAUCCUGACCAAAGAAGACUUCCGUCGCCGCUCCGAUCUGCUCUACUCAUCGCCAGGGCUCUUCUCGUUUGACUCUCCCGAUGUCGUGGUGGUCAUGCUGGCCAUGGCCAUUGGCGCCUCAAUUUUGGAAGAGGAAACCCUAGCACAGUUUCUCUUCCAGCGGGCGUCACAGGGAGCCGAGAAGCUGGCCGAACUGGUCAACAUCCAGGCAAUCCAUAUUCCCUUGCUGCAGGCACAAUUCCAGAUGGAGAGAUCUCGGCCACACUCUGCAUUCUUAUAUGUUGGAGUUGCUACAAGGAAAGCGGUGGCAGCUGGCUUACAUAGGGGCAUCAGCAUUCGAGGCCAGAUGCGAGACUGCUUGCAGCGCCGCCUGACCUUUUGGAGCCUUUUCAUCCAAGAGACCUGGAUAUGCUUCUGCCUCGGACGUCCGACAUCCAUUUCGGAUCCAGGCAGUGGAGUUCCCGUGCCAGCCGAAGAAAAGUAUUUGCUGGCCCUUGUGAGGCUGGCAAGGCUCAUUUCGAAAUGUGCGGCGCGUAUCUAUAAUCAACGCCACGAGUCGCUGCUCCACAUGUGGAACGCCGCGACGGAGCUUCGACAUGAGCUUCAGGCGUAUGUGGAGCAGCAACUGUAUGAAGUUCACCUCGACAUUCAGGGAGAGCCGGGCACUGGCGAAUGUGGAUUUUGCAAGACCAUCAUGGCUGCAAUGUAUUACCAUGCUCAGCUACUAAUGUUCCGCCCCUUCCUUGUCCUCAGGGGAAAAUUGAGAAGCCCGGCACCCCAGACCGGCGCCGAAUCCAGCGACAAGCUUCGAGAGCUGACUUGGCUGGAUACUGCGUGUGAUUACUGCCUCGAGCCGGCUCGCCAGAUUAUCAAGUACAUUAACAAGUCCUGCGAGAUCAACCCCCUUUGCAAGGAUACGAAAUAUUUUUCCUUCUUCCUUGAAGGUGCCUGCUAUGUCCUAGGAUUCGACAUGCUCCAGGACAAAACCAAAGUAGACACUCACCUGCCGUGGCUUCACGUUGCCCUGGAGUGCCUGUCCACCAUGUCUCCAACCAACGAAGCUUCUCCAUCUCAGACGCAGAUUCUCAUCAAGGCCAUUAACCGCAUCAUCUGCACAGUUGCCCCCUGCGCCAACUGUCCCUGCCGCACAAUAGACAGAACUCUCGCCGAGACUCCCCAAUGCCCCACCGACCCAGCACUUCCGCUGGCCAACAACCUCAUGACACCCUCCGAUACUUCUGUAUCCGCGUAUCCGCCAUCUGUUCCGUCCAUGUCACUGAGUUACUAUGCGCCGACUGGCUCCCGAGAAUCUAUCCCACCAAUUCUUUCUUCUUGUGCCGAUGGCCACUCUUGCGUCAUGAACCUUCCGGGAGGUCAAGAUCCGGAUUUUGACUGGAGAAUGAUUGACGUGGAGACGCUCAUGUCGAUUGAUCCAUUCGAGUUCAUUUUGAACGCGAGGAUGAAUGAAGAAGGAGGACAAGCAAUGAUUUAA